AGUCUCAACAUUACUUAAAUUCCCAACAUUGAGAAAAGUCGCUCGAACAAGUUCGCCGUCGUUAAUCUUAUCUUUUAUCUGCUUCUCCAUCAUCAUGGCGUUGAACACCGGCAUCAGAUCUGUCUCAAGGCUCAUAGCUUCUUCCGAAUCAUCAGUCUCCAGAUCUGUGAGCAGGAGCUUCCACUCAACUGGAGCUAAGAAGAUGAGCGGAGGACAUGGCCAUGACGAGCCUUACUACCUCCACGCCAAGCACAUGUACAAUUUGGACCGCAUGAAGUUCCAAGGCCUCAAGAUGUCUCUCGCUGUGUUCACUGCUUUCAGCAUCGGUGUUGGUGUUCCCAUCUUUGCUGUUGUCUUCCAGCAGAGGAAGACCGCUUCUGGCUGAAUUGAAUCUCUCUUCUCCCCUGCUUGAAUAAUUUGUAUGAAUUCUUAAACUUUUGCUUCUGCAAAAGAGGAUGUUUCUUGCUUCUUUUGGAAUAAUGAUAAUCUGACAAUUAUUAUAUUUUAAUUUGAAUUCAAAGCUUGUGUC